CCCGAUCCCGGGCACAGCAGAACGGAUGCAAUUCCCGAUCCCGGGAGCGGACUGCAAUUCCCAGCGUCCCCGCGCAUCCCGGCCCCGCGGUGACAUCAGCGCUGCCCGGCCGGGACUGGCUGGGCAGCGGCCGCGGCCGAAUGUGAGCUCGGCUCUCUGCCGUCCCCGCCGGGGCCUCUCCGCCGCCCGAUCCCGAUCCCGCCCCGGGGCGGCCCCCGAGCGCUCCGGGAGGGUCCGUGCCCCGCUCGGCCGAGGUGACAUCGCGGGGACAGGGCGGGCUCGGGGGCGCGCUUCGGCCGGCGGGGCCGUUCCCCGAGCCCGCCGCUUUCCCGGGGCUUUCCCGCCGCUUUUCGCCUUGUCCCGCGGCUCCGGGAGGGUGGAGGAGACGCUUUGCCAGAGCCUGGCAACAGAGCGCGUGUGGUGACCGCGGGGAGCAGUUGGUCCUUGGGAGCUUUGAUUCCUGCCUGCACGCGAUGCUGCGCGCUCCAGAGCAGAGAACCUGGGUACUGAUGACAAGGACGUGGUCCAAGUGCCACCCCUGGGCAGUGCCAGCCACAGAGGGGAUGUGUUUGCCUGGCCCGGGUGCAUUCCCAGUCUCACAGAGCAGGAGGGUCUGAGCUGUGAAGGUGCCACACCAACACCUAAAAUGUGAAACCUGUGGAGAAUUCCUAUUACUGUGCAGUGAAUAGCAGGAGGCAAACCAUGGACACCCAGUUGUUCUCCCCAUUCCUGGGAGCAGUCCCCAGUCCCCCCACGCCCCCAGAGCCCUCCCAGCUGUGCAGGGACUGGCUGGGAUGUGCUGAGGAUUUUGGAUCCCAAACUGCCUUCCAGGAGUGCCCAAAAAAGAGGGCACCAAUAAAUCUUUCUUACUCUGGCAAUGGCCCUGAUGUGUUUGGGUUGGUGUCGAGCAUUUUAGAGGAGCCAAACAAGCCAGAGCCAGCUACAGACUGGAAUUCUCUAUCAAGAUUGUUCCCCCCUGUGUGGCCACCUGAUCUGGGCAGCAACGGGGAGUUCCCAGGGCUGCCAGCUCAGCACUGGGUCCAAAGCAAGGAUUUUCCCAACCUGCUGGGCUCCAGCUGCCAUCAGGAACCCCUGCAGGAGCCUCCUGAGGUGGAGAUGCUGCACAGAGGUUUGGGGGACCUUCAGCUCCUCGAGUCUUGGCUCUCUCCCCGUGCUCAUCCCAGCAAUUCCCCGAGGAACCCUGACAAUUCCUCCUUGCACAGCAGCACCACAGCUCCCCAGGAAGGGUUUUCCUUCCCAGAUGGGGGCUGGAACCAGCAUUUGUGCACUUAUGACCACGGGAGGUUAAAUGGAGGUUAUGAAAAAUGCGGGUCCAGUUUUAGCCCUUUUUCUCCUCGGAGCAGGAUGAAAGAAAGCCCCAGCACCCAGAAGGAGUUUUGGAAAAGAGGAAAACCUCUGAAAAAUGAUGCUCCAGGACAAAUGAAGUAUUCCUCUGAUCUUUCCAAUCAGCCUGGUGAUAACUCUUGGGAUAAAGUACCCCAGGACCUGUUCUCUAAGAGAUAUGAGAACUUCCCAGCUGCUCACAAGCUGCAGUCACCUGUCCAUCCAUCCCUUCAUUUUCUCAAUCCACCCCCUAAGGAAAAUACAUUUUCUGGAGGAACAGGCAGGAAACCCCAGGAAAGCCACGUGCAAAAUGGCCAUUGUGGCUUUACUUUGGGUGAUGCUUUUAAUAAUAAUAAUAAUAAUGAGUGUAAAGUGAAUAUGGGCCCUAAGGAAAGCUCUCCUCAAGCAGCUGAAUAUGAUUUAUCUGUGCAAAACGGGAAUUACUCCUCAUACCAGGGGUGUGCAUGGCUGGAUGGGAACACUCUGGCAGCUGCUGCAUCUGAAAUUCCAUAUGGAAAACAAAUGGCAACGAGCCCCCAGUCCUCAUCAGGGGUUUCCACCAUGUCUGGGGGCUCUCCCACCCACCAGCCCUUCACCCAGCCCUCCUACUACUCCCAGCUCCUUCCCACCCUCCCUCCCAGGAAAGAUGGGAGGUUACAGACAUCAAAUGGAGUUUCCAGCCACUUGGGGGUUCCUCAUUUCAUCUCAGAGAGCCGGAAGCAGAUGAGACCCGUUGGAAGGUCCCAGGAGGAUCCUGGGGUGAGCAAGGACGGGCGGCGCCGCAAAUUCCCCGUUUGUUUUUCACCCGACUGGCUCGUGCAGCAGAAGGCUGCAGGUGAAGACCCCGCUGAGAAAUACCACAGGUUCCCAAAGAGGCAGAGCCAGGAAAGAGGCAGUAAAGAUGACAGAAGAGGCAGAAGGAAUUGGAUCCCUCAUUUGGGAGCUGCGGCACCAAACCGCCAGCCCUCGCACCACGUGUUUCCGAAAAAGCACGAGCAGAGCGGUGGCAGCUUGUCAGAUUUCAUCAAUCCUUCUCUGCUUCCUUCCUUCCCAUUCACGUCUGAUCUUAAACCAAAUCCCAGCUUCCCUCCAUUUAAUCACCAACUGUUUCCAUCAGCAAACACUUUCAAUUUCCCUCCGCCGCCGUUUCCGUUCUCGGACCUCGUUGAUCUUUUUCACGGCGACGACUUCACCCCCUUGAGUCCCUUCAGGAGUGAGCUGUUCCCUGGGGAAAUCCCUGCCCCCUGCUUUGCCUUUCCAGCCCCAUUUAACAAGUUCAGGCCUCCCAGGAGCCGCAGUGGCCCCGCUAACGAGCUCCACGUCCGGCUGGAGGAGUGCUACGAGCAGUGGAGAGCUUUGGAGAAGGAGAGGAAGAAGGCUGAGGCUGACCUUGCAAGACACUUCCCAGGGCAGCACAUGCCCAGCUCCAGCCCCAGCCCCGUGCCGCGGCUCCCUGCGCGUCCGUCCCGCGUGGAUCGCCUGCUCGCCGACCAGGCCCGCGAGCGCGCCCGGGUGCUCGCACUGAUAGGAAGAAUGGAGAGGCUUUGUGGUGCUCCCCUGCACAGGAACAUCUCCAGGACCUUGGAGCUGCACCUGGAAGCCGUUCAGGUGACCCAGGCACGUCGGAAGGAUGAGCUUGGGAAUGCUGCAAACCCCCAGAGUCACGGGGGGCCACGCUGCAGCAACGAGAAAGGUGUGCUGGCCCUGGCAGCUGCCCUGCAAGCCCUGGCGGGUGCCACGCGCAGAGCUCGCACCGCGCUCUGGUGCGCGCUGCAGGUGACUCUGCCCAGAUCCCCUCCGGCUGGACCUGGAAGCCAACGCUUUCUCCUGGAAGAGCUUUGCUCCUCAAGCACAAGCAGCCAGGAAAAAAGCAGCCUGGAGCAGGAAAGCAGAGGAAGUGGAAAAGCUGAGGAAGCGAGGAAGAUUUUGGAAUAAUCGGCGAUAACGAACGGAACGCCGAGGAUGGGGAGGGAAGGGCUCAGGUCCUGCCCAGCACCGCCAGAGGUGGAUGUCACAGGAUGUCAGGAGGGGGUUAAUUAAAAAAAAAAGGGUUAAUUAAGGUGCCUGGUCAGUGCUGCAGGUGCGGUACUGUGAUUCUGGUGUGGAGAGACACAGCUUGUGCUGGUGUUGAUGCAGUUUUAGUAUCGCAGGUGUCGAGAAAUUUUAAUGUUCAGAGGAGCUCAGCAAGAGUUGAGCUUUCCUCCUGUGCUUACCCAGAGCUCUGAGCCCAGCCAGGACCUGAGCAAACAGAGUCUGGUACAACUUAAUUAUCUUUUUUUUUUUUUUUUUUUUUUUUUUUUGGCUAAUGAGACACUUUAGGAUAUUUAAAGGUACUCAAUAGUCAUUCAGGGUUUGUUUUAUUUUUAUUUUUUGCACCGUGUGUAGUUCUUUCCAGAGCCAAAGUGAUCACUGAGUAGUUUGCACCCCAUCACUGUGUCAGGAGCAAUCCACGCUGCUGUUGUGGUGGUGUUUUUUGGGACAGGUUAUCUCUGCUGGACAGGAAUAAUCAGUGUUCAGUGCUGGUUUUGAGAGAGUUUUGUGCUGCCAGUUCAGUUUCCAGCAAAACCAGUGUGAGCUGAGCUUUUCCAUAGCUUUGCCCACUUUGGUUUUUCCACUAAAAAAGUGGAUUUUUGUAGCUUUGCAGUGUGAACUGCGUGGAAGUGCUCCUUAGCAGGUGUUAGAAAACUUGCUCAGGAUUAGAAAUUAGAUUUAUUGGUUCCUCAGUGGGUUUAAAACCAGUAACACUAUAACAUAGUAUGCACUUACCUUAAAAAAAACUAUUAUUUGUUAUUAAUCUAUGUUCAUGGUACUAUAAUUUUUUUUCAGACACAUUCCAUAUUUAUUUGAAUGUCUUCAUUGAAUGUUUAUUUUAAAAACCUAUUUUAGUAAUAUGAAGUUAAAUAUUUUGCCAAAUCUUCCAAAUAAUCAGAUUUAAUGAUUUACUCAGGAACUCUGUACAUUAUUAUAUAAAUAUACACGUGGUAUAUAGGGGGUUUUUUUGGGAAAGGGGUGUUUGCAAAAUACUUACACAAAGCUAAUUAUGUACUAGGUUACCAAAGCUCUUUCACUGAUUAUUUUUUUUGGUGUGGAAGGUUUAAUAUAUUUAAUUGCUGUUAAUUAGUCUCCGUUGUGUGGCUUAGACAAUCAGCGUGUGGUUGUUCAGGGUGAAAAACUAGUAAAGAAUAAUUCAAGCUGUGAUCUUAGGGCAUUUAGGAAUAUUUUAAUGCUUUAACAACUGUCUUACUGUUCCACAGUCUCCUAACAUGUACUAAUAAUUAAGGUUCUUGAGUAUCAGGAUCUUAAUGAAGAGCUUUGGAGAGCAGUUCUUGGCUUAAAAGUGAAUUAAGUUGAGGAUAUAAGCAAAAUUUGAAGGACAAAAAAUGAAGGUUUUUGUGUCAUGUGGUGUUCAGUGUCAAAAUUGACAUUUUUGUGGGUAAUUAUAGAACUGUUCACAUAUAUAUUUGUACUUGCAAAAUUGUUCCAAAUGCAGUUGUGUAGUUGUGGGUCUGUGGAUGUUUCUAGAGCAGAUUUCGUCUCAGUAUCAUCCUUAGCUCUGUUGAGGCUUGGAGAUUUGUAGCUAAAAUUUACCCAGGCCUCACUGUAAUCCACUGGGUGAAGUUGAAAAACAAAAGUAGAUCGAAAUCAGAUAAUUAGUAUAGCAAAAUUAUGGUUUUUUCCCCUAAAGAAAGUGAAUUCCGCUUAAAAGAUUAUUUCAAGCCUUAGCCUAAAAAACAGGUCCCAGAGUUACUGUAGCGUGUUUUCUCUCUGUGUACGUGGAAUUUAUUUGCACAAACUAAUUCAAGAAGCUUCAAUCUGCGUUUGUGAAACUGAUUGUGCUCCACAGCUUGAAAGUGGAGUUUGCAGGAUUUCAGUUCCUGGGGGAUUUGGGGGUUUAAUUGCCCAAAUUAAAAUUAAUUUUCCAUUGCUGUGCUGACAGGAAAUCAGAAUUUCAGAGUCUGAAUCUUGGGUUUUUUUCUGUUUACACAACCAGGGUUGUUUUGUAGUGGUGAAUGUUAUAAUUGGUUCUUAUUGUACUGCUGUGUGUUAAUUAAUGAUCUUAAUUAGCUCAUAGUUAAUGUGCCUUUAACAAUCUCAUUUUUCCAGAGUGUUAAAAAGCUGGGUGGUUCACUCCUGGUUCCAAUUUCAGUUUAAAAAAAGACAUUUUAAAGGGUUACACGUGACUGCAAUCAACUGAUACUGUUAAUUAUGUUAAUUGCACUCAGGAGCUGCUGCAGGUUGGGUUCCUUAGGGAGCUCUGUGGCUCUGGAAUGUCCCCCUGGAUCAUGUGCCCAGGUCAGCUGCUCCUGCUCGUGCCCUGCAAAUGCUCCUCUUUCACUUGGCCUCACUCACUUUUCUUCACAAAACCUCCAGCUCUUCAAGCAAAAACGAGGUUUUAUUUACAAAAAAUAAGUUUUAAUAAUUUUUAAGUGCCCUUUUCUUUAAAUGGGUUGGUUAUGAACAGCAUCAUACCUAGAAAGAGUUUUGUCUUCAGUUCCUAAUUUCAGAAUGCCUCAUUUCUGUUGUUUUAUUACAAAACCUUCUGCAUUUUAAGG